AAUUAACGAUGAUUUUAAAAAACGUAUACCAUUAUAAAUAUAAUCAUUAUUUAAUUUUAUUAUGCUUAAUAUUUAUGUAAAUUAAUUAUAUUCUACAUGUAAAAUAUAGAUAUUAACAGCAAUCUGGUUUGCUUUCAGUUACAACUGCCAUGACCAUAAUUCUGAAAAUGGUGUCAACAGAGUGUAAACCAGAAGAAAAUAGUAGUAACUGUCCUUUUAAAUUAAAAAAAAAAAAAAAAAAACCUAAACUCAGUCAUCUGUUUUUCUUUUCCUUGUAUCUGUAUAGACCUUGAACGCGCGUGCAGACGUUAGACACAUACAUACAUAAGUUGGCUAUGGAAAGGUUAAUGAAAGAAGGAAACCCUAAAAGAUCAGAGCUUCUCAUUGUUUGUACGCUAAAAAUCACAAACCCCAAUGUCUGUCUUCAGUCUUUCCGUUCCGUCAUCUCUCUGUCUUUAUACUUUUCACGUAAUCACUUCAUUUAAUUAACACCCAAAACUAAUAAAUAAAUUAAUACUCUGAGCAUAAUCUAAUCUCCUUCUUCAAAGGGAAAUUAAGGAAAAAAAAAGGAAGGGGCCCGAACAUACACUUGCUGCUAUAUGCUUUUUCUCUUCGCUCAUUAUAUCAUCUUACUGCUGCUGCUAUACUGCUACAGUACUUUCUCUAUUGCCGUUGUUCUCCACUUCACUCCUUGUAGAGCAUAAAUCCCCCACUGCGCUUUAAUUUUUCCUCUCUUUCUUUGUUAUCUAGUAGCUGCUACCCAACAACAACAACAACAACAACAACAACAACACACUUCUUUUUAUUUCUGUUCUACCUGAUUGCUCUUUUAGCCAUGGAUGAGCUGUAUGGUCUCCACUCUACUUGUAGUGACCAUUACUCUAUGCAGCAGGUUGUGCCGGAGAAUUUGGUUCCUUCUGCUCCGGUUGACUACCACGCGUUUUCUUCACCUGGGGUUUCUUUUCCUUUGCUUGGUUCUGACCACUUGUUUCCUGGGUCUUCAGCGGUAUCUGAUGCUGCUUCUAUGGUAGCUGAGAUGCAGAGAGGCGUUAGUGGUGGUGGUGGUGGUUCAGAAGAGGAGGUUUCUAGUGCAAUUAGGGCUAAAAUUGCUGCUCAUCCUCUUUACCCGAAAUUGCUUCAAGCUUAUAUUGAUUGCCAGAAGGUGGGAGCACCACCGGAGAUGGCGUAUAUGUUGGAUGAAAUCCGGCAAGAAAGUGACCUUUCCAAGAGGCCCAGCACUAUUACCUCUUGCUUGGGUGCAGAUCCUGAGCUCGACGAAUUCAUGGAAACUUACUGCGACAUUUUGGUGAAGUAUAAAUCGGAUCUUUCAAGGCCUUUCAAUGAAGCCACCACUUUCUUGAACGAUAUUGAAGCACAGUUAAAUACUCUCUGCAAUACUACUACUUCCAGAACCCAUGUUUCCGCAGAUGAAGCUGUUGGUUCAUCUGAUGAAGACAUCAGUGGAGGAGAGUUAGAGGCACAGGAUUCGGUCCGUGCAAAUGAAGAGCGGGAGCUCAAGGAUAAGCUAUUGCAGAAAUACAGCGGCUACAUCAGUACCCUAAAGCAAGAGUUUUCCAAAAAGAAGAAGAAAGGAAAGCUACCAAAGGAAGCAAGGCAAAUCCUACUCAACUGGUGGAACAUUCAUUACAAAUGGCCAUACCCGACGGAAGCGGAUAAGGUUGCAUUGGCUGAUGCAACUGGGCUCGACCAAAAGCAGAUUAAUAACUGGUUUAUAAAUCAAAGGAAGCGGCAUUGGAAGCCGUCGGAGAACAUGCAGUUUGCUGUUGUGGACAGUAUAUAUGGACCAUUUUUCAUGAAUGACUGAGGUGGGAGGAUGUUUGCUGUAACUCUUGGCUUUUUAAAAUUCUUUAAAACAAAAUUUCUCGCUGAUGCCAAAAUCAAAUGUUUACCACUUUAAUUAACUAACUAUUGAUGAAAUGUUGCUUUGUAGCUGCAAGACUUUCUAAAUUGAAUGCUUCUCCAGUUAACCAAAUGCUAGUAUUCGCAAAAUGUUUCCCGA